AUGUCCAGGCGCCAGCUCUGUGACCUCCGCAAAGAACGAGAGGCACAAGUGAAGCGGAAGCAUGAGAGCUUCGAAGAGGAGCGCGAAGAGAAGCGGCGCCGCUGCGAGGACGAAGCCUUGCAGAGCGCCAAGUCGAUGGAGCGUGGUCUGGUACUGCGCUUUGAUGAGGUCCCAGCCUCUUUGAAAUGGCGAGACCUUCGGGAAGGCUUGACGCCCUAUGGCUUUUGCGGCUACGUGGCCCGGCAGGCAUUGGUUCAGAUGCGGGAGGAGCAAGGUGUCUUUGCGGUGAUGGGCUGUGCCAAGGAGGAGGGAUGA